CAGAGCUGAUGCAGUCUGCACUGCUUUCACAACCCGGUCGGUCCGCGGGGCUGGACUGCGCUGCCUGCUGCGCACAGCGACCACAAGCUCCCCAAGUAGUGACCCACCAGCAGCGAUGCGUGCUAUGGCCACGCAGUAGCAUUCACUGGAAUAGAUGGUGAAGCAGUCUUUUGCAGAAGGGAUUCUUCUUGCUUUUGUCUCCCCUGGAGGUGCGCUAUGGCAGCCAUGGUGAGCUGUCAGAGUGGCAGAAGUUUACGAAACGGCGACUGGGGCUUCGCACCUCUGCUGGCUGCUGUGCUGCUCAGCUUUCUGCUUGCAGGGAUGCAGCAGACCACAGCGUUUCCCACCUGGAGAUUAGAGGAAGAAGCUCACACCACUGUGCUGCUCAUCGGGAUCCGCAAAGAGGCCCGGUCACAAGUACUUCACCUCUCCAGGAACAAGCGCUACACCCUCACCCCGGAGAAGCUCAAAUGGGACAAGUUCAAGCUCACAUACAAGUUGCUCUCCUUCCCUACAAACUUGAUGAACGCCAGCGAUACACGUCGGGGAAUCGCCAAGGCUUUUGGCAUGUGGAGCGACGUCUCGCCGUUCACCUUCAGAGAGGUGCCGGCCGACCAAGAGGCGGACAUCAAGAUCGGCUUCUAUCCAGUCAACCACACAGACUGUUGGCAGUCCCACUUGCACCAUUGUUUCGAUGGCAUCACAGGAGAACUGGCUCACGCGUUCUUCCCGCCAACAGGAGAGAUCCACUUUGACGACCACGAAUAUUGGAUUCUGGGAAACAUGCGCUUCAGCUGGAAGAAAGGGGUUUGGCUGACGGAUCUCGUCCACGUGGCGGCUCACGAAAUCGGUCACGUCCUGGGACUCAUGCACUCCAUGGAUCCCAAAGCUUUGAUGCACCUGAAUGCAACUCUGACAGGGCGCAAGCUCAUCACACAGGAUGAGGUGUGGGGUUUGCACCGGCUCUACGGAUGUUUGGAUCGUCUAUUUAUCUGUCCGGCCUGGGCUCGGAAAGGCUACUGCGAGAGCAAGCGCAGACUGAUGCAGAAGCACUGCCCCUCCAGCUGUGAUUUCUGUUACGAAUUCCCUUUCCCCACCGUAGCUCCCACCCCGGCUCCCCCAAGGACCAAACACAAGCUGGUGGUCGAGGGCAAGAAACUGACAUUUCGUUGCGGGAAGAAAAUAGCAUCAAAGAAAGGCAAAGUACACUGGUACAAGGACGGGGAGCUGCUGGAGUUCUCUCACCCAAACUACAUCUCACUGAAAGACGACCACAUUACUAUAGUGGCCAACGCCAUCAACGAAGGCACGUACACCUGCAUCGUUAAGAAGAAGAACAAAAUUCUCACUAACUACUCGUGGAGGGUACGCGUGCGCUUCUAAAGCAGAACAGCCCAGCUCCUCUGCACACUGAACAGGACAAAUUCACAGAUGGUCACCAGGAGACCUCACUCACUAGGGCACAUACUAGUAUUUUUUGUUUUGUUUUUUAAACGUUCUUCCUGUAUCCACGUAAAAUUGUUGACCGUCUUUGUGUAAAUGCGUUUACAUCUGUGCAAAGAAUAAAUGCUCUGUGACAGAUA